UCUCUCAACUUAGACCUUUUAAAAGACUCGAUUUUUUUCUAUUUCUUUAGAUUUCAUAUUUUUUUUUUUUUUUUUUCAAAGCAAUCAGAUUAAAAUUUUCCUCUUCAGCUCAAAACCCUGAGAUUUUUGGGAGAAUCUCUGUGGGUGACACUCAUUUCUUCUUUCUAGGUAAAAUUCCCAAUUUACUUUUUCUUCGGUCAAAGCUUAGAAGGUCGAUUUUUGUCUUAAAAUUAAAACUCUUAAAUCCUGUUUCCACGAUUCUGCGUUUUUUUUUUCUUUUAUUUUCGUCGUCUACAAAAAAAAAAAAUCGGCUUUUUUGAUUUAAAGGACAUAUCUUUGUUGUUGAUUGGAGUACACUUAUCCUCUGUUCUUGUUUUGUCUGAAUUCUCGUAUGUUCUCAAAUCUUCUUUAUUUCUUUGCGCUUUUUGUUUGCUUCUUUUUUGAAAACUUUUAUUUCACAUUUCUCUGACAGAUCCUUUUUAAAGCUUCGUCUCGAUUUCAGUUUUGACAAUGUCACACUUCUUACAGUGAUUAUUUUCCUCUGUUCUUGUUAUAAAAGGGCAAAGGUAUCAAAAUGGGUGCGCAGAUUGUACUCUGUGACGGCUUCGAGGUGGUUCCUCCGCCGGAAAUGAACGAUUUGUCUCUCUUCGGAAGCGACCAUUCUGUCUCAUAUUGCGAUGUAUCAACUGUCACCACCGAAGAAGACGGCAAUGUUUUUUCCGGCGAUAGUUCACCGGGAGUUGCAGCUGGAGAGUGGGCUUUCUCUUUCUACUUUGUUAAGCAUCCGGUUUAUGAUGAUCCCGAGAUCAAAGCUAAGAUCGAUGAAGCUGAUCAAGAGAUUUAUCGCUGUAAUAAGCUCCGAAUUGAUGUCUCCAAUGCACAAAAAUUCGAAAGGGUGAGCCUUUUUUUUGUUUUUUUUUUCGUGUGUGUGUUUGCUCAAAUGGAGGGUUUGGGUCCUAAGUCGGAAGGCUAUAGAUUGGUUUUUGAAGAGAAGAAGAGGGAAUUUGAUACUCUACAGGAAACUCUACGGAAGUUCCGGUGCUCCAAUAGCGAUCAGCUUUGCUUUACAAAGGAGGAGCUCGAUCAUCUUAUUUACAUAGCUCAUUAUCAGAUUGAACAUGGUAGCGUUGGUUUGGAAGAUGAAGAUUGGAUGCUUAAGGAUGUUGAGAAGCCUGAUGGGAUAAUUCUAAGUGAGGAUUCUCUUGCGCUGAAAGAAGUUUCCGUAAACCGUGUCAAGUCAAUGGCUGUGGAACUGAAUGAAGUAAAGAAGGAGCUCGAUGCCAUUACAUGGAAGAUUAACCAGUUGGCUGACAAGAUGGGAAAGAGCCAGAACAAUAUCAGGAUUUUGGAUUUAGAAAUGGCACACAUACUUGAGAAGAGGGACAAGUUGUAUGGAAGGAUUAAGAUGCUGAGGAUACAACGAGACAAAGGGAAUGCCGCCUAUUUCCAGAGCCUUGCUGUUAUGAGGAAAGCUAAAGAAUUGGCUGCUUCUGGAAAUGUUAGUGACCUUGAAGUGUUGUCCAGCUCUGAGGUUGAUAGGUUCAUGACUCAUUGGAAUAAUGACAAGGCUUUCAGGGAUGAUUACGUAAAAAGAAUCUCACUUUCACUCGGUGAAAGAGAGCUGAAUCGAGAUGGCCGGACUAAAGAUCCUGCAGUUCUUGUUGUCCGGGAAAAGCAAGUGCUGAGUAAGACUAUUGUGGUAGGCGAGAAGGUUCACAAGGCGAACAAAGAAGAUUCCAACUCCAACUCGUCUCAAGAUGGGAAUGUAACUACAGAUAAACGAAAGAAAGAAAUGAAGAAAAUAGAUAGCAACAGGUCUAGUGCUGAGGAGCGUGAUGUUAUAGAUUUGGAAUUCCCCGUGUAUGAGAAACCGAAGAAGGAAGAAGAAGAGGUCGAUGAAGAAACGUUGAAGGAGAGGAAGAGAGAAGAGCAGUUAGAGAAAGCUCGGUUAGCCAUGGAAAGGAAGAGGAAGCUGCAAGAAAAAGCUGCUGCGAAAGCUGCCAUAAGAGCUCAAAAGGAAGCUGAAAAGAAACUCAAGGAGUGUGAGAAGAAGGCAAAGAAGAAAGCUGCUGCAAAUUCUUCUUCUCCUUUAGAAUCAGACCAGUCACGAGAAGUAAUCAAUGAGCUGGAAAAGGUUAAGACUGUGACAGUUUCAGGGAAAGAGAAACACCAAAAGGAUAGAUCAUUGUUUCCAAAGCAAAGAAGUUUCAGGUACAAACACCGCGGAAGAGGAACCGAAGCUCUGCCUAAGGCCAUCCUGAACCGUAGAAGGGCUCAUAAAUAUUGGGUCUGGGGACUUUCUUCUGCUGCACUUGCUUGCGCACUCUUUCUCGUGGUUUUACUUCUACGGUAAAACUGUGAAAGGGAAGAGACAUUAAAAGGUUUGACAUUGCCUAAUUGGAGAGAUAAAAGUGAGUGAAGGAAGAGCUGCUUCUGGACUUUCAAAGUUAGCGCUUAGUUUAUUUAUAGUAGUUUCAUAGCCUUUAGAUAUUAAUUAAUGUUCCUGUCUCUUUCAAGAGCUGUCUGAAAAAGAAAAAGAAAAACAGCCUAAUUGUGAGUAUGAAAGUCCAUAGAGAUUUUAUGUGAACAUUGUGGAUUGAAUCCACUUGAUAGUUACAGUCAAGCUGCUUGACUAAUUACAUAUAUCCUAA